AUGUGCAAAGGCUCUGAGGUGGGAGUGAGCCUGAUGUGCCUGAGGACCCAUGAGGAAGCUGAUGUGGCUGCAAUUACACGACUGUCACAAAGAUCCAUCCUGGGGGUGCAUCAGUACAGAGACUGCCGCACCCUAUGGCCCAUUCUCAAACCUCUGGCAUGUCUUCUAGGCUCCGCUUCAGGCCCCAGGGACCUGACCUGCUACCGGGUGUUCAGCGCUGGUUACGAAUGCUCCUGGCAGUAUGAGGGUCCUGCGGCCGGGGUCAGUCACUUCCGGAGGUGCUGCCUCAGGCCUGGGCGCUGCUGCUACUUCGCCGCAGGAUCAGCCACCAAGCUGCAGUUCUCCGACCAGGAUGUGGUAUCCGUGCUCUAUGCUGUCACGCUCUGCGUGGAAUCCCGGGCCGCGAACCGGACAGAGAAGUCGCCUGAGGUCACCCUGAAGCUUUAUAGCUUGGUUAAAUAUGACCCUCUGCCGGAAGACAUCAAGGUGUCCACGACAGCAGGGCAGCUGCGCAUGGAGUGGGAGACCCCAGCCCGCCAGGAUGGGGCUGAAGUGCAGUUCCGGCACCAGACACCUGGCAGCCGUUGGAAGUUGGGUGGCUGCGGACAUCAGGCUGAUGCUGGCUUCGAGUCAUGCCUCUGUCCCCUGGAGAUGGAUGCAGCCCAGGAAUUUCAGCCACGGAGGCGGCAGCUCUCAGCCGCAGCUCCGGGAGGUCCCUGGAGUGGCUGGAGCAGCUCUGUGUGCAUCCCCCCUGAAACUACCCCACAGCCUGAGGUGAAUUUCUCGGUGGAGCCCCUUGGCCUGGAUGGGAGAAGGCAGGUGGCCCUGCACUGGCAGCUGCCCCAGUUGGAGGCUCCGGAAGGCUGCCUCAGGCCCAGCUCUGGCAUGGAGGUGACCUACUACAUCCACCUGCACAUGCUGUCCUGGCCGUGCAAGGGCAAGGCCACGGGGAUGCGGCAUCUGAGGAAAGUGCUUAUGCUCUCGGGCGCCGCCUACAACCUGACUGUGGUCUCCUGGAAUCGCUUCGGCCCCGGCUCAAACCAGACGUGGCACAUUCCUGCCCACACCAGCACAGAACCAGGAGCUCUGAGCGUCAGGACUAGAGUGGCUGGGACCACUAUGCAGUGGCCAGCCCGGGCCCAGGGCCUGACAUACUACAUUGAGUGGCAACCUCGGGGCUGGGACGGAAGCCUCGCUGCCUACACCCUGAUCGCACCCCGGGACCGGAACCCUGCUGGCAUGGCAUCCCAUACCUGGAGCCAAGCAGCUGGGGCGAUGGGGCAGAAGACGUGUUAUCACGUCAUGAUCUUUGCCUCUGCACAUCCGGAGAAGCCCACCUCGUGGUCCACAGUCUUGUAUUCCUACCACUUUCGGGGCAAUGCCUCAGGAGCCGGGAGCCCACAGCACGUGUCGGUGAGGAAACUCAGCCGGGACUCAGUGUCCGUGGCCUGGACGCCGUCCCCACUGAGCCUCUGCCCUGGCGCCCUGAAGGAGUACGUCCUGCGCUGCCAGAAUGAGGACAGCAACCAAAUUUUCAAGCUGUCUGUGAAGCCCACAGAGACCCGGGUCACCCUCGGCAGCCUGCAGGCUGGUGCAUCCUAUACUGUGCAGGUGCGUGCACACGCGGUGACGCAGUGGGGCGCCUGGAGUCAGCCCCAGCACUUUAGCAUCGAAGUCCAGGUCUCUGAGUUGUCGGAUUUGUCCAUAUUCCUAGUGUGUCUGGGGAGCUUUGUGAGCAUCCUUCUCCUGGGCAUCUGUGGGUACUUCAGCCUGAACAGGGCCGCACGGCACCUGUGGCCGCCCCUGCCCACACCCUGUGCCAGCAGCGCGGUCGACCUCCCUGGCAGCCAGGGGAAGCAGGCAUGGCAGUGGACCAGCCCAGUGGACUUCCUGGAGGAGGCAACACCAGAAGAUAUCCUGGUGGUGAACAUGUCCUGGGACAAAAGUGAGAGGGCUGACCUGGACACUCCCGGGCCUUUCACAGAGAAGACACAGCUGCCUCAGGGCACCCCUCAGCCAGCCCUGGACACGGAGCUGCCCUUGGAGGAUGUGACACAGAUGCAUGGACACCCCACGGCCAGGGCUCUGGAGCCUCGUGGGCAGGAUGGUCUGGAGGGCAGCCCUGCGCAGCUGGCUGGACUCCCACUGCUGCUCGGAGAUCUAAUGCAGAGCCCCAGGUUUAGUGGCUCCCAGCACCUGGAGGCCUGAGGGAGAAACAGGAACGUCUGUCUGGUCUUUUGGAUGGGAAGACUGAUGAAAGCUGGUUAUUAUGUGCUUAUUGUACACCCAGCCUGUUCCAUCCACUCACAUGAUGCCCUGAACCCCCAUAACCCCCUGGAGAGGUGCAUGGCUGUUGUAUUUUACGGAUGUGACCACGAAGGCUCAGAGAGGGUGGUGGCUAACCCGAUUCCAGCAUGGGCAGGACUCAAACUGGGGCCAAGGGGCCCAGACCCCAUUCCUGCCCCCAGCUCAGGCCUCACUCUCCUUCGUUCCCCCACCUACUCUGUCUGGCACCUGUGGUGGGAGCCCUAGAAAGCACCAUAAACGAGUGGCUACACUGGGCCCUGGCCUGACAUCCAGGGGGCAUGGACAGGCACUGUCACUGGUCUAUUCAGGGGUGGAACAGGCAGGAGAGGGCCCAAAGGGGGCUGCUGCUGAUCCUAGGACCCUGGGCUGGGUGUCCUGUCCCAGAAGCACUGGAUGGGGAGGUUGGGUGCAGAGCUCAGCCACACUGCAAGACGUGGGAGGAUCCCGGUGUGGGAAAAGGAAGGGGGAUCCCAA